AUGUCAACCAAGACUCUCUGUACGAAAUGCAGCUCUCCACUCCCAAUAAUACCCCUUCUAUCCCAGAUAUUAUCGAUCCUCAAAAUCCCUUGUCCAGAAUGCAAGAGGCACGUCGAGCUUCACCAGAAUGACCUCUCCAAAGCCCGCGUCCUCGCAGCCGACGUUUUGUCGACGAUCUUUCUUCUCACCUUGCCUCCGACAAGUUCGCGUGAAGUCCAGUUUGGCACAAGUAUCGAAGGGUCCGAACCUUGGAUCUUAUCACAAGUUUGCCGCAGUUGGCGCGCCGUCGCAUUUACCACCCCAACCCUAUGGACAGGGUUUCCCUGCUUCCAAAUCACCAGUGACAUGCCUAACAGCGAUUCAGGCACCGGAGGCCUCUUACGCAAAUCAUUAACCAUGUUCCCUUCGACUCAAUUCCCAAUCAACAUCAGCCUGGACCACCAUGAACCAGGUUCGGGCUCUCGGGAAAAUCUUGUAACGCAAGUCCUGCUCCCCCAUUCCAAUCGCUUCGAUCAUCUCUACAUAUCAUCCCUCUCAAAAGACAUCGAAUCCUUCUUUGCAUGUGUCAAAGGAAAUUUGGCCUCUUUGAAGUCGCUGAGCUUACAUAUAACUCGGACGAAUGUGGGUUACGUAGAACCCCCUUCAUCACCAAUAUCCGCCUUCGCCCAUGCACCGUUGCUCGAUGAUUUCACCUAUUUCUCAACAAAACUUUUCAGCUGGAGGAAUUUACAGAACUGGAUAUUGCUACCGUGGUCUCAACUGCAACGCUUCUCUGCAACAAUGAUCGACCCCAGUAGUAUCAUCCUUAUUCUCAGCACAGCCAAGGCUCUUAAAGAAUGUCAAAUCAAUAAUUGCACGAUACCAGACAAAGGGCAUCCCAUAUGGUCAUCCGCUGUCCAACAAAUGCCCAGUAUUCCAUCUGUGACCAACACUUCCGUCAGCAUGUUUUACCUUUGCAGCUUGGAAGUUUCCGACCUCGCGGAGCAUAUAUUGUCCCAUUUGACACUGCCUUCUCUCCGCAAGCUUUCACUGAGUGUCCAAAACAUCGCGGUUGCGCCGAUAAAUGGAUUUAUCUCUCGAUCCUCGUGCACUCUGACGUUCUUCGAGUUAGAAAGUCGUUUUGGCUGCACUGGCGAUCUAGCCGGUCUGCUCGCUCUCCUCCCAGCCGUAACCAACCUCCACAUUCCUAUCAUGCCUGACAUCUUCAGCACUAUACUCAGCACGUGUGAAGGUCAUCCCCUUCCCUUCCCUGCCAGAGGGCAACACCUCUACUUGACGAUCCCUGAGGGAUCUGAAGGAGAUGUGUUGUACGCAUAUGACAGUGAACCCACAAUUGCUGAUUUACGCUCUCGUUACCGUACCAAACUCUCAGCCAUUGUGUCGAGACUUCGCAAAGCAAUACCUUAUGAAACGGUUAUCGUCGCCGGAAAUGGCCCCAUGCAUGAAACUUUUUAUACCCUCGAUGGGCGGUCGAAAGACAGCGUCGAUCGUGGCCUCCUUUCAACCUGGGAUACCAUAUUGGAAGAGAUAUGCAAAACGGCUCGGAGCGGUUGGGUGACAACAAAGGUCGAUGCGCUGAUGAAAGUGUUAUCCGAAAUCGAGGCGCACCCCCAUAUCGACACCUGCUACCUUCGUAAUGCUUUAAUCAGGUGUUAUACCCUCCCUGAUGUUCUCUCUCUCAUCCCUGAUGGUAUGGCUAUUGUCCGGUAUCGUAUCGAGGCUAUCCUGGAGAAAUGGGCGUCUUCUGUGGAUGCUUCCCUCCACGAGGUUGGGUGGAUGGAGACCGAGCUUAGUUGGGUCCUGGUUCAUGCCCAGAGACGAGGGUCCCUCCGACUGCAACGCCGGGAGCGGUCCAAGUAUCGGUUCGCUCCGUUCAACGUCGAAAAUGGAUUUGUCACUGUGUGA